AUGGAACGGUUUCAACAUUUCUCUGAAACCAUAAGCAGGUAUUUCUCAGCUGGGUUGAAUGCACUAGUGAGUCUAGCCCGUCAAGUAGUCAAACCAGAGGAUCCAACAUUCCACUUCAUCCCCACACAUAUUGCGAAAGACCCUCGUUAUAUGUCGUUCUUUAAGGAUUGUAUCGGAGCUAUUGACGGAACACAUGUCAACGCACGUCUUUCUGGCAAAGAGAAAGUUGCGUACAUUGGACGAUGCGGAUCAUUAACACAAAAUAUAAUGGUUGUUUGUGAUUUCAAUAUGUGUUUUACAUAUGUGAUGGCUGGAUGGGAAGGUAGCGCACACGACAGUCGCGUUUUCAAGUUUGCUACUAGCAACAAAAAAUAUGGUUUCCCUUAUCCACCACCAGGUAAGUACUACUUAGUGGUUGCCGGGUAUCCUUUGCAAAAGGGCUAUUUGAAGCCAUAUCCAGAUACAAAAUAUCAUAUACCUGAUUUCGAGAGAUCGAGCGGGGUUGAACGAGGAAAUAAAGAAAUUUUUAAUAAAAGACAUUCAUCCUUGCGUGGUGUGAUCGAGAGAUCGUUCGGGGUUUGGAAGAAGAAAUAG